AUGCAGUAAAAAAUUUACAUGUCAAAAUUUUACUUACAAUUUCCUCCUCCCUUUAAAUGUUCUUCUUCUGUUCACUCUCUACCAAAGAGCAAGAAAGAAAGAGAGAGAGAGAGAAGCACAGUUUUGCUUUAGAGCUUUAUCAUAGACAUGGGUGAGGAGAAGAACGAGGAAUGCAAGGAAGAGAAGAAAAAAGAAGAGGCUCCAGAGAUUGUCCUCAAGGUUGAUAUGCAUUGUGAAGCCUGUGCUCGCAAAGUUGCAAGAGCCUUGAAGGGAUUUGAAGGAGUGGAGGAGGUCAGUGCAGAUAGCAGGGCGAGUAAAGUGGUGGUGAAAGGCAAAGGAGCAGACCCCAUUAAGGUCUGUGAGAGACUAAAAAAGAAAAGUGGUAGAAAAGUUGAGUUGAUUUCGCCUUUGCCCAACCCUCCCGAGGAGAAAAAGGAAGAAGCACCCAAAGAAGAAAAAAAGGAAGAGCCUCCAGUUGCUGAAUCAGUUGUGCUGAAUGUUCCGAUGCAUUGUGAAGCUUGCGCUCAGGUCUUACACAAGCGUAUAAGAAAGAUUAAGGGUGUUGAGUCAGUGGAAACCAACCUUGGCAAUGGACAAGUAACUGUAAAAGGCGUAGUUGAUCCGGAAAAGUUGGUGGAUGAAGUAUACAAGAAGACAAGGAAGGCAGUUUCCAUUGUGAAGGAUGAGGAGAAGAAGGAGGAAGAGAAUAAAAAGGAGGAGGAGAAAGAGGGGGAAAAGAAAGACAACGAGGGCGGGAAUGGAGAGGAUGAGGAUGAGGAUGAGAAGAAGCUUGACAUCAAGAGAAGUGAAUAUUGGACGUCCAAGUAUUACUUGGAGUAUGCUUAUGAUCCUCCUCCUGAUCAAUUCUUCAGUGAUGAGAAUCCAAAUGCAUGCUUUAUCAUGUAAUGUGAGAAUGAAUCAAUGUAAUGCAAUGUGAGAAUAAGAUGUAAGGCUGCUGCUGCUGCUGCAGAAACGCAAAUCAAUCAAGGAUUUAUAUAUCGAUCCUUGAUGUUAAUUUAUUUGUAACUAUAUCUAUAGCUAUAGUAUAGUAUAGGGCCUUGUUUCUUGUAAUAUUUUUAUGCACUUAACUCAACAUUACACUGCUGCUGUUUCUGUUUAA